GCCAGGCUCUUCCAUCUCAUCCUCCAUCCUUCGUUACUUUCCUCACUACACUCCUUCCCUCCUCUCUGCUGAUUUCACCUGUUGCCCUCCGUGCCUCCCCGUUCAUCGUCUCCUCUCGCUCCUCCUCUCCUUCGGACCACCAUGGUGAACAGGUAACCGCGCGGCUGAGCUGAGACCAUGGGUGCCUGCCUCUGCAAAGGUCACAAAGAGCUCCAUCACCACAUGACAGUACCACAUGACUGUACAGAAGAAUCUCAGCCGUCCUCCGUCAAGGAUGAGCAAAAUCCUUCCAAUGGGAACGUGGCAGAUAAAACAAACCAUUAUGACAUCGGUGAACUGGCCACGUCAUCACUGAUGGGUCUGGUGGCCACGAUAAAAGAGCACAUCACCAAACCCACAGCGAUGGCUCAGGGUCGAGUCGCCCACCUGAUUGAGUGGAAGGGUUGGGGAGGAGGCGGCGAGGCCAGAGGAGUUGGGGGUGGCUGGAGUGGUGCCUGGAGCAAAGGAGGCAGAGGCUGGGAGGGCAUGGGGGCCGAGCUGCAGGAAGAUGAACAGUUCUACUCAAUGACAGACGAGAUCAAGGAAGCUCGCUUCGCUGCAGGAGUAGCAAAGCAGUUUGCUUUGGCUGAGGCAGCCAUGAACAUGUGGUCCAUUAACGACAACUUGGAGCUGCCCUCCACCAGCUUACAAGCACAAAACAACUUCUUGUCUCACUUCCUGCUGGACGGAGGAAGUGUCGGCGUUCCCCAGCACUUGUACAGCAUUCACACCCAGACUUACGAUGACACCAGCCUGACGUCUCCACCGUCGCUUGACUGCAUUCCUUCCCUCUGCACACAGCAGGACAGAGAUGAUCAGGAAGGGAAUGAGACUGCAGCCGUCCGACACGUAGACAGCAGCUCGCUAUCCGAGGAUGACGUUUUUUAUAAUUAACCUUCAGAGAAACUCAGCAAAUGGUGGCCGUUUCUAAGAUGAGGCUUGCUGACAAGAGCUGUAUCUCAUCCACCAGCACUGACUUACAAAGAUUACGACAGUCUGAAAUCAUUCACAAUUCACUUCUUCAGUUCCUGCGGAGAAGUUUAAGGAUGUGGUGCCAGUCCAAACUUUGGCUUCACUGUUUUUACUCACUUUAAACUUUUUCUGAUUACAUGUGGAUCUGAACUGUGACCAGCCAAAUGACUCUGUAUAUUUGGAUAAAACAUCAUUUUACUAGAACUACUACAGAAAACAGUUAACUUUUUAUUUACAUUUUAAUCAGCUGAUGGAUGAACAAAGAUAAACACAGAUAAGUGAAAAUAACGGGAGGCCAGAACACCCAAAAUUGCAGAUUUCUGUGAUUUUUUUUUUCAACUCCUCAAUCUUGCUUUUUGGUGUGCCAAAUAUUUUAUUGCAUUUUUUGUGCAUAUUUAAACAUGCUGAUUUCAAAUGUGGUUGAUGCUAUGCUAUAACCCUUGAGCAAUUUG